UGACAACGCUCGCAUCCAGUCAAAUCCUAACCCUAAUCCUAAUCACCCCCCCGCUCUCCAAACCCUAGCCCUCUCCUCUCCCCUCUCGAUCUCAAUCCCUCCCGAAUUCGAUCCGAAUGGAGGGGGGAGCCGUUGGCAACGACGUCGAAUUGGUGUCCAAGACUCUCCAGUUCGAGCACAAGUUGUUCUACUUCGAUCUGAAGGAAAACCCUAGAGGCCGAUACCUUAAGAUCUCGGAGAAGACGUCGGCUACGAGAUCGACCAUCAUCGUUCCUGUCAACGGCAUUGUUUCGUUCCUCAAUUUGUUUAAUUACUAUGUGAACGCGGACGAGCAGGAGGUGUUCAAUAAGGAGCUGCCGCUCGAUACUAAGGUGUUUUAUUUUGAUGUUGGAGAGAACAAAAGGGGGCGCUUUUUGAAGGUUUCAGAAGCAUCUCUUAGCAGAAACCGCAGUACAAUAAUUGUCCCUGCAGGAAGCUCUGGUGAUGAAGGAUGGACUGCGUUUAGGAAUAUCUUGCUAGAGAUUAAUGAAGAGGCCUCACGACUCUUUAUGUUACCAAAUCAGAACGUAGAAAAUUCAGAGCGGCUUCAAGGACUUUCAGAUGAUGUGGGCGCUGGAUUCAUAUCAGGCCACAACAACCAACAAGCGUCUGCAUCUGACCUCACUGUUGACCGCUUGGUUGAAUUCUCUUCUGCAGAUGAAGUUGCAGGCAUGGGGAUGUCUAAAGUAAUCAGGGUGGAUCAGAAAAGGUUUUUCUUCGACUUAGGAAGCAACAAUAGGGGCCAUUUCUUGAAAAUAUCUGAGGUUGCAGGGCCUGAUCGUUCAUCGAUUAUCCUUCCAUUGUCUGGGCUGAGGCAGUUCCAUGAAAUGGUUGGUCAUUUUGUGGAGAUAACCAAGGACAGGCUUGAAGGAAUGACCGGUGCAAACGUGAGGACAGUGGAAUCGAUGCAAAGAUGAUCCCGUUUCUGAUCGUGUUUGGGUUUGCCUGUUUAGAUUCAGUUUGAUCUUGCACAUUGUGGCUUUUUGAAAAUUUCCCCCCUUUCUUGUUUGAUAAUUGUCAUAUGGGGAUGGUAAUAAAUUCCUACUUGAUGCUGGAUAAAUGGGGCGGCUGCAGAGCUCCAUGGGUUUGCAGAAUAAUGGAGGAUGCAUUUGUGGUUUUGGGAUUUAGAGGGUGUAUAAGAGUGACAUAUUGGAUGAGGACAGUAACCGUAGAGUCGAGUAAUAGAAUAAUGGAGUUCCUUCGUGCUGCUGAUGCUUUCAAAUAAAGACUUUCUUUUUAUUUUCGUUGCUGCUGGUAAUAGAAAUUUUGUUUCCCUACU